AAGGCCAGAGAGCCGAAGCCCCCGAACCAGCCCAAUCAGAAGAGAUGGACCCAAAGGAGGUAGCUGCCCUAGUUUCCUUCCUCGUGUCCCAAAUCCCUCUUCUGCUUCUCCCCCUCUUCCCCUUCGCCCACCCGCGACCUUCGUCUUCCACCCCCUUUUCUCCCUCCGCACCCCAAUCGUCCCUCCUCUCCCUUUCCCUCCACCUCCUCUCCUCCGUCUCCCUCAUCGCCGCCGCCUCCCCCUGCCGCCCCCGCAAGCGCAAGCGCUACCAGCAAGACUCGGAGCCGCACGCCGCCAUUGCCCUCCGCCGGCGAGACCCCGACCACUCCCUUCUUUGUUUCCGCAUGAAAUCCACCACCUUCGAGUGGCUCUGCGGCCUCCUCGACCCCCUGCUCGACUGCCGCGACCCCGCCGGGUCUUCCCUACGCCUCUCCGGGCCCACCCGUCUCGCCAUCGCUCUCUCUCGCCUUGCCUCGGGCGCUCCCUACCCUGAACUCGCCGCCCGCUUCGGGGUGCCCGCGUCCACCGCGCGAUUCUGUACCAAGCACCUCUGUCGCGUCCUCUGCACCAAUUUCCGCUUCUGGAUCACGUUUCCCUCAGCGUCUGAACUCGAUCCCGUUUCUGCUGGUUUCCAGGCUACCGGCGGUGGCCUCCCCGACUGCUGUGGCGCCUUGGCCUGCGCCCGUUUCGAGGCAUUUGGCGAUUCCGCCAUUGCAGCGCAGAUUGUGGCCGAUUCUUCUUUCAGGAUCACGCACUUCGCUGCUGGAUUCCGCGGCGACCAGACCAAUUUCAUGGUUCUCAAGUCCUCGUCGCUUUACAAAGAUGUGCAAGAGGGGAAGCUACUCAGAGCAACACAGUACUUGGUCGCCGAUGGCUGCUACCCUCUAUUGCCUUGGUUGAUGAUUCCGUUCAGUGAUCCGGCUCAUGGUUCCUGUGACGAGAACUUCAACGCUAGGCACAGGUCGAUGCUCCAACCUGCCAUUCGGGUUGUCCAAAGCAUGAAGAAUUGGGGUGUGCUAAGUUCUUUAUCAGAAGAGGAGAAUGCUAAAAUGGCUGUGGCAUGCGUUGGCACCUGUGCGAUCCUUCACAAUGUGCUGCUAAUGAGAGAUGAUUUCUCGACGCUCUCCGAUAUAGACAACAAAUGCCAUGCUGAUUUAGAACGCGCUGGUAAAGAUUCUGGAUUAGAGGAUUUUGCCAUUGAGAGCAGAGCUUCGACACUGCGGAGCACGUUGGCUCUUAGCGCAAGAGCAGCCUGAGGCUCUGAUCAAAUCAGUGCCACAUGAUUCUCGCUGCUCGAGGAGGAAAGGAGUGUGCUAUGGAAAUUGGUAUUCAGUUCUCGUCUCCAUUCUUUUCAAUGGUAUUUAUCUGAUUUCACUGCUUCUUGAUUUCUUCUUCUUCUUCUUUCCCCUAAUUGUGAAGAUCAUUCUUAAUGUAGUCAGCAGGGAAAAAUUGUGAAUGUUUUCUGAUAAAGAAUUUUUGUGCUGACAUUUUCCUAUCGAAAAUUUGUACUUAAGUCUGUAAUUAUAAAUUAAUUACAGACUUAAUUCAAAAAGGAUAAAUGGAUUUAUUAUUUUUCCAUUAAAUUAA